AUGCAACCACGUUCUGCCACUUCCCUUUCAGAACAAGAAGAAAACAAUGACUACCCAUCAACUAGCGUUGUUACUGACCAUUGUGCUUCUCAUGUGAAUGGUGCAGACCAUCAUCAUGACGGAAACAAGAAAUUAAAGAGUCGCAACGAUGAAAACUCAACAGUCGAAAUUUCAUUAGAUGCACCGUCCACUUCUAAACGCAGCAGUUUAAAGCAAAGACAUCAACACAAAAACGGUAACAAUAACGGAAGAGGAGGAAACCAUCAUUCUGCUUCCUCUUCUUCGCUAUCUAGUGCUGAUGAGGCUUCUUCCAACACACCAACGAACGAAACCACAAAUUCCUCAUCGUCAUCAAGCAUAUCCAGUGCUGAUAAAGAAGAAGAAGAACAGUUGGAAAAGGAUGAAUACAGUGCCUCUUCUUCAUCAAAAUCAUUGGAAAGGCAACAAUUCGUUUCUUCAAAUAACAACAACAACAAUAAUGAAACUGCUAUCAGCAAGGAGCAAGAACAACCAUCCUUUCAUUCUUCGCGAAAGACCAAACCAUCACUCACGGAAAUUGAUUCAAUGGUCGAUGCCAACUCUCAAAUCAAUGCUUGGUGUGAUUUUUGUAACAAAGAGGUAAAAUCGUGGAGGCAUCACGAAAAGACUCGCCUUCAUCAAUCCAAUAUGUGGAAUAAUAAUAAGAGGUUGCGACCCACUCCUCCCAAUUUCAAGUUUAUUCAUGUGGAUCAGUUUCAAACUCAAAACAACAGUGCCAAUCACACGAAACCAAACAAAGUUUCGUCAUCGAGUGAUGAAGAUAAUGAUUUACACACGACGAGUUCCAAUCUCAAGCAUAAAGAAGGAAAAUCAGCUCGAUCUCAUGAAGAUAAAACAAACGGUAGCAACAAUAAGAAUCAUCACACAAAGCCAACCAAACAACUCUCAGAAGGGACAAAAAAGAAUAACAAGAAAACAAAGAAAGGUAAUUCCUCACAAAAUGCCAAGUCAAACGAUCACUCGGCCAAUUCCAAAUCAAACAAUUCAACAAACUCCUUGCCAAACAACGAUUCCUCUUCCCAUUAUACAAAUGACGAUUUGUUACAACCUUCACAAAGUGUUUCUACAACCUCGUCAUUGGUCAUGCCAGAAAGGCCAAGCUUAAGCUACACAAUGAAUGUCAACUUUUCUUCGGACCAGAAGACUAGACAUACAUUUCUUUCUGCAACGCCUCAACAACAGCAAGAAAUGUUUGAAAAAAGCGAAACAGGUAUUGCACUACUUGGACAUUUAAGGAAAAUAAGAAAUUCCAAUUAUCCUGAGAGAAGUGAUAUUGACACCCAGGGCAAUAGAAGUAAUCCUUACAACCCAAACAAUACACGGGGUUUUUCUCAAUCGAUACCGCCAGAAUCAACCAGGCCACCAUCACAUGGAGCACAAUACGGCAAUGUCGCCAAACCGAGCACAUCUAAUUCUGAGCCUGUCACCAUUCAAUUUGUAAAUCAUUUCAAUUCAACAAAAUCAAAGAAAAAAAAGUAA